AAAUUUCCUUUUUCCUACUCCGACCAUCCGCAAGGCUUAAAAACUUCAAACUCAGAAAAAAAAUGGGGUUUCUAAAUUCUCUGUUGAGCGUCAUGGAUUACUUUUGCGGAGGCUUUUUGGAGCACUUCUGAAUUUUCAGAUUCUUUACCUGUUCCUAACGGUGUCUGGAUGUGGGUCUGAUGCGAAUCGACAGCAGAGGUCGGAGGAGGGCAGGGUCAAAGAGAUGGGCUCUGUCAAUGGCGAAUGUUUGGAUGAACUUCAGGGAACCCUUACCACCAGACGUGGAAGUGAGGAGACACCCGGUGGCUGUUGGUGACGGGAUGGACAAAUGUUGUCUUGAAUUGUAGGACCUCCGUGCUGAGAGGACUCAAAUGGUGGUAAUCGGGAGGCAUUAUCGGUCGUGAGUGAGGACCAGUCCUUAUUCGAGUGUGCCUACGGAACGCCACACCUGGCUAAGACAGAGAUGACCGCAUCCUCUUCCGGUGACUAUGGCCAGACAUCCAAGAUGAGUCCUCGGGUUCCCCAGCAGGACUGGCUGUCUCAACCCCCAGCCAGGGUCACCAUCAAGAUGGAAUGCAACCCUAGCCAGGUGAAUGGUUCCAGGAACUCGCCCGAUGAAUGCUGUGUGAGCAAAGGUGGGAAGAUGCUGGGCAGCCCUGACACCGUGGGGAUGAGCUAUGGCAACUACAUGGAGGAGAAGCACAUGCCACCCCCCAACAUGACCACCAGCGAGCGCAGGGUGAUCGUCCCCGCAGAUCCUACUCUGUGGAGCACGGACCAUGUCCGGCAGUGGUUGGAAUGGGCAGUGAAAGAAUACGCCCUCCUAGACGUGGACGUCCUAUUAUUUCAGAACAUCGACGGGAAGGAGCUGUGCAAGAUGACGAAGGACGAUUUCCAGAGGCUCACUCCGAGCUACAAUGCCGACAUCCUACUCUCACAUCUCCACUACCUCAGAGAGACGCCUCUUCCGCACUUGACUUCCGAUGACGUUGAUAAGGCUUUGCAGAACUCUCCACGGUUAAUGCAUGCCAGGAACACAGGGGGUACAGCUUUUAUUUUCCCAAAUACUUCAGUAUAUCCAGAAGCUACACAAAGAAUUACAACUAGGCCAGAUUUACCUUAUGAGCCUCCCAGGAGAACAGCCUGGACCGGCCAUGGCCACCCAACCCCUCAGUCCAAAGCUGCUCAGCCGUCUCCUUCCACGGUGCCCAAGACGGAAGACCAGCGUCCUCAGUUAGACCCAUACCAGAUUCUGGGACCCACCAGCAGCCGCCUCGCUAAUCCAGGUAGUGGCCAAAUCCAGCUGUGGCAGUUCCUUCUGGAACUCCUGUCUGACAGCUCAAACUCCAACUGCAUCACCUGGGAAGGCACCAAUGGGGAGUUCAAGAUGACAGACCCUGACGAGGUGGCUCGGCGCUGGGGGGAGCGUAAGAGCAAGCCCAACAUGAACUAUGAUAAACUCAGCCGCGCCCUCCGCUACUACUACGACAAAAACAUCAUGACCAAAGUGCAUGGGAAGCGUUACGCCUACAAGUUCGACUUCCAUGGGAUCGCGCAGGCCCUUCAGCCCCAUCCUCCCGAGUCAUCUCUGUACAAGUACCCCUCCGACCUCCCAUACAUGGGCUCCUACCACGCCCACCCCCAGAAGAUGAACUUUGUGGCUCCCCACCCUCCAGCCCUCCCAGUCACAUCGUCUAGUUUCUUCGCUGCCCCAAACCCAUACUGGAAUUCGCCGACCGGGGGCAUUUACCCGAACACUAGGCUCCCUGCCAGUCAUAUGUCCUCUCACCUGGGCACUUACUAUUAGAGAGGAGAUGGAGGCCUUUCCCAACAAUCACCUAGCAGCCACCACAAUCUCAGAGAAUACAAGUCGGAAGUGCCUCAUGAGGAAUGGAAAAGGUUGACCAGAGCUGGGGAAGGAAGCCGGAAAAACCAAAGACUUACAGGGGCAUCACCCAAGUAUUACUAAAGAAAUAGAGGAAGCUCAAAAAAAUACAAUGUACAUGGACAUAUAACCUGUGGUCCGCCCUUGUCAAAGACUUUGUAUGUAGAAAAGCAUGACCCGAUAAAGGCAACUGCCCAAGAAAGCGGCCUUAAGUAGUGUACAAACUGCAGAGUGUGGGACCUUGCUUGUUCCAACCAGGAUUCAGCGAAAGCAAUAGAGAAAACCAGUAACACAGUCUUGGCCUAACAUACCAUUUAGAAUGUCGUUUGAAGGGAAACUACUUGUGUUUAAAAAUAGAAACAUAUCAAAAACCAAAUGAGAAGACAAAGCGAGAAAGAUGGCGGCCCCUCCACAAACCACAUUGUGGAUUUUCUUGGCUGCUGUUUGCUGUUUUUUGGUUAAAAUCAGAGUCUUACCAUUUGAUGGAGAGCCACCAGCUCUAUCAAACUGUGAAGAUGACCUAAAGUCUUAUCUCCUUUUCAGUAUUACAGGAACUGUGAGCCACAUGGUGGACGGGGGAUGUGCAUAGCGUGUGAGUAUGUGAUUAUAGAAAAAGGGCUGAAAGAUGAGGAAGAUUUGAGGAAGAAGUAGAGAGG